CUCCCUCCCUCAUAUAUAAAAUCCCUCCUCCCUCUUUCAUCCCUUCACUUCUAUUCAUUAAAUACUAAGUUCGGAAAGCGUUUUUUAUUUUGGGAGAAGGUAAAGAUCAAGGAGAAGAAAUUGAUGGCUUCAUCAGGAAGCGAAUUGGCGCCGCCAUCACUGGAGGAGCUGAGCACUAGAGGCGCCACCGCCUUCCUCCUCCCAUGGAUCAUCGGCCUGGCGGCCGCCACCAACUCCACCGCCCGCGACGUCGUGGUGUUCGUGCACCAACCCACCCGAUCGAUUACGCUGAUGGAAGGCUCCCUCGAAAUGGAAUCCCUCCUCCGCGAAGUGGCAUCCAAGGAAGGCCCCUUACCCGCCUCCAAAGCUUCAAUCGAGUCUCUGCCGCGGGUCCAAGUAUCGGACCCGGGUUUGGAGUGCCCCAUUUGCUUAGCGGAGUACGGGGAGGUAGAAGUCAAAGAAAUGCCGUGCCGACAUAGGUUUCAUCCGGGUUGUAUCGAGAAGUGGUUGGGGAUCCACGGGUCGUGCCCGGUGUGCCGGUACAGUAUGCCGGCGGAUGAGAAGAAGGAAAAGGAAAGUGAUGAGAGAGACGGAGGGGGGUGGAGAAUUCAUGUGUUCUUUGCCCGGGGAAGAAGGGCUCCGGGUACGGGUGUGGAGUCGGGUUCGGGAAGUGGAUUCGAUGACCCGGCCAGUGAUGAUGGCAAUGAUGAGUUGGCAGCUUAGGAAAUGCAGAUAGAUGAUAGUUAAAUGAAAAUUUUCCCUUUUCUUCUAUUUUUUCCCUCCUUAAGAAAAAGUACGUGUGUAAAUGUUAGUGAAUAGUGAUUGGUUUGUUAAUUUUUAUUUUAUUUAUUUUUUUUUAGUGAAUA